AUCAAAAUCUCUGCUCCUGUCUCAGACACAACACAACACAACACAACACCAUCUCUUCCACCAUGGACGUUCUCUCAAUCUCAACCCCUCUCUUCUCCUCCUCCUCAACUCCCAAGCUCCUCUCCCACUCCUUCUCCCCCUCUUCUUCCUCUUCACGCCUCCCCUCCAUCAAAUCCGUCGCUCUCCAAACCCCAAAACCCUUCUCCUCCAACCCCUCCGUUCUCCUCAGUUCCGCUCCCCAGACGCCGGCCACCGCCAUGAGAGGCGCCGAGGGCGACGCCAUGGGGCUGCUGCUGAGGGAGAGGAUUGUCUUUUUGGGGAGUAGUAUUGAUGACUUUGUGGCUGACGCUAUUAUCAGCCAGCUGGUUCUGUUGGAUGCUCAGGACCCCAAGAAGGAUAUUAAGCUCUUCAUUAACUCCACUGGGGGGUCUCUCAGUGCCACAAUGGCUAUAUAUGAUGUUGUUCAGCUUGUGAGGGCUGAUGUCUCCACAAUUGCACUCGGCAUUGCAGCAUCUACAGCUUCAAUAAUCCUCGGUGGUGGCACCAAAGGAAAGCGUUUUGCAAUGCCCAAUACACGGGUUAUGAUUCAUCAACCUCUUGGAGGAGCUAGUGGCCAGGCAAUAGAUGUAGAAAUUCAAGCUCGAGAAGUCAUGCACAAUAAAGACAAUGUCACAAGAAUUAUCUCAAACGUAACUGGUCGCACAUACGAGCAAGUUGAAAAAGAUAUCGACAGAGAUCGGUAUAUGUCCCCCAUAGAAGCAGUAGAAUAUGGAAUAAUUGACGGAGUUAUUGAUGGAGAUAGCAUUCUUCCACUGGAGCCUGUCCCAGACAAGGUAAAACCAAGAAUGAGCUACGAGGAAAUUAGUAAAGAUCCAAUGAAGUUCUUAACACCAGACGUCCCUGAUGACGAGAUAUAUUAGUUUUGGAACAUUUGAUUGUGAGGUACACCAGUAUGAUGGCUUUCUGAUUAUGCGUUAAUUGCGUGUAACUUGUGCCUAGGCCUGAUAUUUGAGAACCCCCAAAUUUUAUGUAAUUAAAUUACUAAAGCAUUGAUGCUUUUUAUUCAUUUUAAAGUUUCAGUAGUUAUUUCAGUUUUUACCUUUAAUAAAACUGCUACAUUAUGACC